GGCUCCUGAUACCGGAAACAGCUAUGCGCUCUCUCGGUGCCUGAGAAGACGUGUAGGGGCCGGGUUUGGCCCUCGUGAACUUUGACCCAAACGCAUGGGUUUCUCUUUCCGGGACAAGAUGGCGCCGUCCACGCCACUACUGACAGUCCGAGGAUCAGAAGGACUUUACAUGGUAAAUGGACCACCACAUUUUACAGAAAGUACAUUGUUUCCAAGGGAAUCUGGGAAAAAUUGCAAAGUCUAUACCUUUAGUAAGGAUGGCACCUUGUUUGCCUGGGGCAACGGAGAAAAAAUAAAUAUUAUCAAUGUCACUAACAAGGGACUACUGCACUCCUUCGACCUCCCAAAGGCAAUUUGCCUUGAGUUCUCGCCAAAAAACACUGUCCUGGCAACGUGGCAGCCUUACACUACUUCUAAAGAUGGCACAGCUGGGGUACCCAACCUACAGCUUUAUGAUGUGAAAACUGGCACUUGCUUGAAGUCUUUCAUCCAGAAAAAAAUGCAAAAUUGGUGUCCAUCCUGGUCAGAAGAUGAAACUGUCUGUGCCCGAAAUGUUAACAAUGAAGUUCACUUCUUUGAAAACGACAAUUUUAACACAAUUGCAAAUAAAUUGCAUUUGCAAAAAAUUAAUGAUUUUGUGUUAUCACCUGGACCCCAACCAUACAAGGUGGCUGUCUAUGUUCCAGGAAGUAAGGGUGCACCUUCAUUUGUUAGAUUAUAUCAGUACCCCAAAUUUGAUGGACCUCAUGCAGCCUUAGCUAAUAAAAGUUUCUUUAAAGCUGAUAAAGUUACAAUGCUAUGGAAUAAAAAAGCUACCGCUGUGUUGGUCAUAGCUAGCACAGAGGUUGACAAGACCGGAGCGUCCUACUAUGGGGAACAAACGCUGCACUACAUCGCGGCGAACGGGGAAAGCGCGGUCGUGCAGUUACCAAAAAAUGGCCCCAUUUAUGACGUCGUUUGGAAUUCUAGUUCUACUGAGUUUUGUGCUGUUUAUGGUUUUAUGCCUGCCAAAGCAACUAUUUUCAACUUGAAAUGUGAUCCCGUGUUUGACUUUGGAACUGGUCCUCGUAAUGCAGCCUUCUAUAGCCCACAUGGACAUAUACUAGUACUCGCUGGAUUUGGAAAUCUGAGGGGACAAAUGGAAGUGUGGGAUGUUAAAAACUACAAACUCAUUUCUAAACCAGUGGCCUCUGAUUCUACAUAUUUUGCUUGGUGCCCUGAUGGUGAGCAUAUUUUAACGGCCACAUGUGCUCCCAGGUUACGUGUUAACAAUGGGUACAAGAUUUGGCAUUAUACUGGCUCUGUCUUGCACAAGCAUGAUAUGCCAUCAAAUGCAGAAUUAUGGCAGGUUUCUUGGCAGCCAUUUUUAGAUGGGAUAUUCCCAGCGAAAGCAAUAACUUACCAAGCAGUUCCAAGUGACGUGCCCAGUGAAGAACCUAAAGCUGCAACAGCUUAUAGACCUCCGGCUUUAAGAAAUAAACCGAUCACCAAUUCCAAACUCCAUGAGGAGGAACCACCUCAGAAUAUGAAACCACAAGCAGGAAAUGAUAAGCCAUUAUCAAAAACAGCCCUUAAAAAUCAAAGAAAGCAUGAGGCUAAGAAAGCUGCAAAACAGGAAGCAAGGAAUGAGAAGAGUCCAGACUGGGCACCGACUCCUGCCCCACAGAGCACACCACGAAGUACUCUCUCACAGUCAACCUCUGGAGACCCUGAAGUAGACAAAAAAAUCAAGAACCUAAAGAAAAAACUGAAAGCAAUCGAACAACUGAAAGAACAAGCAGCAGCUGGAAAACAGCUAGAAAAAAAUCAGUUGGAGAAGAUUCAGAAAGAGAAAGCCCUUCUCCAGGAGCUGGAAGAUUUGGAAUUGGGUAUUUAAAGAUUCACAGAAAGCCAAUUGUUAACCAGAAAUGAUUGUAAAUGCAUUUUCUGUUAAACCGAUUGAUGUACAUGAAAUACCCAUGUGCCCACAUUUAAUCUUCAUCUAUAAUUUUAACCAUCUAUCCAAAAUUCUGCAUAUGUGUAAAAUUAUUUAAUAAUGUCUAUUAAAUUGAUUUUUACAUCCUUCAUUCUAUACCAUGUCAAUACAUGAUAUAGAAAAGAAAAACAUGAAUUUCUUUAGUAAGUCUGACAGAUUGAAAGAGUAGAGGAUAAUAUUUACCAUAAAUGUGAAUAAAAACAUUUUAAAUUUAAUUAUUGUUGA